AUGAUGUUUAGGGGAGUGUCGAGAUUAGCGGGUAAAAGAUGCGCGUACUCAACAGCAGCUGCGAAUACCAAUAGCGGUAGUGGUAGUACGACUGCUGUAAAACCCCCUCAACCAUCACAGCCACGUUCUGCGGUCAACACGACGCAGGAAAGAGGGAACCCAGUAACGGAAUUGCCCGAGCAAGCAGAUAACAGGGCCACAAAAUGGUCACCAAGGCAGAGAAGCAAAGAAGACGCAUUCGUUGGAGCCAGAUUUGAGCAGAAGAACUUGGGACUUCAGCCAAAUCCAAAGGCAGCGAUUGAGCUGAUAGCAGAUGAGCCAGUUAGAUUGGUUGAGGGACGUGUGGCUAAUUGUGACGGUGGCGGUGGACCACUCGGACACCCAAAGAUAUACAUCAAGUUGGACAAGCCAGGUGCCCAUGCAUGUGGAUAUUGCGGGAUUAGAUUUGAGCAAGCGUUGCAUGAUCAUGGACAUUAA